UUCGUUUUCGUUUAAUGUAAACAAUUCUGCGUGUGUGAUGCAGAUUCAGACAAUGAGGAUCGGUGAUAGUGUAGCAGCGGGUUUUGGAACAUUACACCGAGAGUAUUGUUCGUUAGACAGAGAAAUGUGACACAGUGCUUAUUUGUGUGUUGUUUAUUAAAGAGAAACGCGAAACGAUUUGGUUAUAUUAACGAUAUUUAAGAAAUCAAAGCGAGCGGUGUUGCAGUUACACAGGGUAGUACAGCAUAGUAAUAAUCUGACAAUGAAGUCAAAGGCAAAGAAGAGUGAAGAAUUUCUAAUCCAGCAGGACACAACCAACCAAAUUUGUGCUCUGUGUAAGAGAUAUGACGACUGUCCAAAUAUAUAUGGAGAAAAGAUCACAAUAGAGAAACAUAAUCUCACUGUGCACUAUUUCUGUCUGCUGAUGUCCAGUGGAAUAUUUCAGAGAGGAAAGGAAAAUGAAGGUGUUCAUGGCUUUUUGGUUGAUGACAUAAAAAAUGAGAUCCGCAGAUCCUCCAGACUGAAGUGUAUGAGCUGUAAAAAAGUGGGUGCCUCAGUUGGAUGUUCUAUCAAACGCUGCAGACAGGUGGUUCACCUGCCUUGUGGAAUAGAACUUGGGUUUAUCUAUCAGUUUACUGACUUGUUUCCGUCUUUUUGUAAAAAGCAUCGGCCCACUCAGAGCUGCUCUUCUAUCCCUUCUCUGCCUCUUUCCUGUUCAAUCUGCUUGGAGGCAAUUGAGCCUGUUCUUUCCUACUCUGUGCUCAAAUGCCCUGCAUGCCAUGGAAGCUGGUUUCACAGGGAUUGUGUUCAGCACCAAGCACACAGUGCAGCCCUGUUUUUCUUCAGAUGUACAUUAUGCAACAACAAGGACCACUUCCAGCAAGAAAUGCUCAGAAUGGGAAUACACAUACCAGAAAGAGAUGCAUCAUGGGAGCUGGAGGAAAAUGCCUUUGGGGACCUGCUGCAGGUGUAUGAGCAUUGUGAUGCUGUUAAAUGUUCCUGUGAUAAAGGUCGCAGUUACAGUGCAAAAUCAGGGAUUUUCGAAAUUGUUCGGUGCAAGUUCUGUGGCUCCAGCGGAACCCACCGAAAAUGUUCUUCCCUCAAGCUUUAUGAAACCAACUGGAGUUGUGCUGACUGCAAAAGUGCUGUUGAAGGAACAGUCAGUCUUGGGCUUGUUAUAGUGUCCCAGCUGCCAAACCAUGUUCGAUCACCACUAGCAGAGAGGCAGGAGAAAAAAAGACUGUUUAAAAGAUGUCUUACCGACAUUCACUCAUCACUCAUCUCUAAAAGAUGCCGUAUGGAAACAAGUGCCCCUGAGAUCUUACGGGGUCUUGCCGCUCAGAUAUCAGAACAGCAGGUCACAUCAAUACUGGUGAAAAAUGACGAGGUGGUCGAAGCUGCACUUCAGGCUCUGCGGCAGAGUGACUUUAACCACUGUCACUCGCUCUCUGUGAGCUUCAGCAGACUCAACACCAGCCAGAGGGUUGGAGACCAGCGUCGAUUUCUCAGUGUUCUCCUGCAGGAAUUACAAAAGUCCAGUAUCUUUGAAGGACCUGAUGGGGUUAAAAACCUGGCUCUCAAUGCACAUGAUUUGCGGGACGAUCUGUAUUUUGAAGCUGGCAGUCUGCUUGCUCUGUCUCUGGUGCAUGGAGGUCCUCCUGUGUGCUUUUUCUCUCCUGCACUCUACUACAGCCUGUUCCGUUACCCAACAGACUACAGGUUCACUGUGGAAGACCUGGGUGAUAUUGUUUUAACAGACAAGAUCAGACUAAUAGCACAGUCUGGCACACUGAAGGAGCUGAAGAGAGCGAUGCAUGCUGCAUCAGAAUAUUUGCAAGUAGCAGGUUGUUGGCGGCGGGUCACCAAACUGACAGAUAAAACGUUACUGUUGGACGACAUUCUUAAUUUUUACCUCAUCGUACGAAUGCAGCUGCCGCUUCAAAGAUUUUGUGAGGGUCUCAGGACAUUAGGUGUGUUUGAUCAAGUUCAAGCAUCUCCAGAGAUCUUCUGCCCAGUGUUUUGCUGCCCAGUGGAAAAGAUGACGGCCGACUCUGUGUUUUCACUCUUUACUGUUUGUUUCUCCAACAAAGAGAAACAAAAGGCAAAAGAGUGUGCAACCCUGAAUGAUUGGAAGCAGUACCUACAGGAAUGUGAAGACGGACGAUGUGCAACAUCACUAGAGGACAUACUCAUAUUCGCAACAGGCACCGACAUGGUACCUGCCAUCAGCUAUAACCCAGCCCCUUCGUUAUCAUUCUUCAUGCCCCUGGAACCAUCCUGUGCCUUUCCUCAAAGCCAGAAAGUAACAAACCACCUGAUCCUUCCUCUGCUGUCUUCCUACGAGCUCUUUAAAAAGCACUUGGAAUAUGCCGUGUGCCAGCUGUCAGUGAUGCAGGACCUGUGACCUCCUCUCUCAGUGUUUAUUCAUGGAUGUAACUGGAUUACUUUUUAUAUGCUAAAACUACUUCUGUCUUCAUCUGGUCUUGUUUACACAGAACAGGAUUCUUGUUGCUGGGUGACACUAUAAAUAUUUUCAGAUAUAACAUUGGACUCCUCUAAAACAAGGCAUUAAGUUUUUAAGGGUUUUACAAAAUACAGAAUUUCUCUCAAGCUGUACAUGUAAAAAAAUGGACAAUGAGUACCAAGUGUACUUUUUUUGUACUUUUCUCUCCGUGUUUUAUUCCUUCUUACAGCAAUACAGAAUGUGCAGAUGUUUGCUGCACAACGAACUGAAUUUGUGUAAAAGAGGACUAUUGAAAAAUGUUUGUAAAUAUAGCUGAUUAAAGGUUUCUUGCAUGUAAUAGCUGAUAAAAGACCUGCAGUAAGAUCUGAGUGGAGUAUGUACUGUCCAUAUUUUGUGAAGGUUAGAGGGAAUAAGUGGAACAUUUCUGGGUUGGUUUCUCAGACAGUAAGGUGUUUUAUGCAUGAAGAAUAGUUUUUUAACAAAAAUUCUCAAUAAAUCUGUAUAGAUUCUA